AUGGCGGUGCGGAAAACCUUCCUGAGGCUGAGAGGGACCAAACUGAAGGCAGCCGUCGCGCUGCUAGUCGUCGCCCCCAGCUUCAUUUUAUUUGGAUACAAUAACGGGUCGACUGGUGGCAUUGGAAAUCUGCAGUCCUUCGUCCAUCAAUUCCCAUUGAUGGAUACGGUCAACACCACGGGAGCCCAAAUGGCCCACAACUCCCGAAUCAAAGGGGUGGUCACCGGAUGUUAUGAUCUCGGUGCGGUCGUGGGUUCUCUGCUGUGCAUUGGUUACAGCGAUCGCAUCGGGCGCCUGAGGACUACGCUCGUCGGUCUCGUGCUAUCCAUCGUCGGACUGGCGAUUGAGUCAUCGGCCUUCGGUCUCGCUCAAUUCAUUGUUGGGCGACUGUUAGUCGGGGGCGCAAUUGGUACGAUCAGCAGCGCCAUCCCCGUGUGGCAGUCCGAAUGUUCUGGCACCGCCCAUCGCGGAGCUUUCGUGAUCCUGGAUGGCCUGUGCAUCAGCAGUGGCAUUACUCUCUCAGAGUGGGUGUCAUUUGGCCUGUCGUUUGCCUCAAAUGGCGCUGCACAAUGGAGAGUGCCACUGGUCUUUCCGGUCAUCUUCUCGAUCUUUGUUAUUCCGUUCAUCUUCGUCAUGCCCGAGUCACCCCGCUGGUUGAUGAAAAAGGGCCGGAUCGAGGAAGCACGCCAGGUGCUGGCCGCUUUGGAGAACGAAGACGAAAACUCGCCGCACGUCCGAGAAGAGCUGGCCGACAUUGAAAAGUCUCUGUCCCUGAUCCCAGGAGGCUUGAAGGAGUUAGCGACCAACGGAGAGGAGCGGUGCUUCCAUCGCGUGCUUCUAGCCGCCUGCGGGCAGAUGUUUCAGCAGAUGUGUGGGAUCUCCGCUCUCGUAUUCUAUACCAACACGGUGUUUGUGGAUCUAGGCAUUAAGGGAGUGAGGUCGCGCGUUCUGGGGGCAUGUCUCACGACCUUUCAGAUGCUUGCCGCAAUAAUCCCGAUUUUCCUCGUGGACCGGUUUGGUCGUCGAAACCUGUUUAUGAUCACUGGCGGUGGUCUGGCUGUCUCGACAGCGGUGAUUGCCGGGACUGGCAAUCACAGCUCUACUAGCACCGCCGCCAUUGUCUUUGUUUUCCUAUUCGAUUUGUUUUUCCCCCUUGGUUUUCUCGGCCAGACGUUUCUAUAUGCGACGGAAAUCGCACCGCUGCGGCUCCGUGUGCCUAUCACGGCUAUCGCCAACGCCACGCAAUGGUUGUUCCAAUUCGUGGUUGCGCAGGUCACCCCCAUAGGCACGAGCAAUUUGGGGAGUCAUUACUGGAUCAUCUACGCGGUGCUGAACGCCUGCUUUGUACUUAUCGUCUACUUCUUCUUCCCCGAGACCACCGGUCGCUCCUUGGAGGAGAUGGACAUCAUCUUCCGGAAGUCGACGGGCUUCUUUGAUGUUGUGAAGGUGGCCCGAGACUUGCCCCGACAUUCUUUCGCAGUGAUCAGUAACGACACUGCAACGUCCACUGGGGAGUCGUCCAGGGGGGAUUCGGCGGUCUCAUCUUCCCCAAAGCCAAGCAUACUCGAGAAAGAAACAGUGAAGCCAGGGGUUGGAGCCAGCUAG